ACCAGAGCCUGCUGGGCGGCUGCCUUCUGGGAGAGCAAAGCGGGCUUCCACACCACGCUCCACAGAACCCCCAGGCUCUCUUAGACUUGUGCAAAACUCCAGCUGGUGGAAAGAAAGCUGGGGCAACUGCCAGGAGGAUGGCGGUACCCUGGGAGGAAUAUUUCCGACUGGCCUUGCAAGAGAACCUGUCUACAAAGCUGCCAGAGCAGGCUGAGCAUUACUUCCCACCAGUGCUACGUCUCCUGGAGAAGAGGCAAGAGCUGGCAGAUGCAGACCAGGCCCUGCAGGCCCAGAAGCAGGUGUACCACACCAAGAUGGCAGCCCUGAAACAGCGCUGGGAACAGCUGGAACAGAAGGAGCGGGAGCUAAAGGGAUCGUUCUUCAGCUUUGACAAGUUUUUCCAGGACUCCGAGGCCCGGCGCAAUCGCGCGCUGCUGAGGGCGGCGGAGGAGCUAAACCAGGCGGGCCGCCGGGAGGCGGAGGCGCUACGGCUGCGGGCCCAGCUCGAGGAGCUACGGCGGGAGCACGCGCGGCUGCAGCGCAGACUGCAGCGCCUGGAGCCCUGCGCGCGCCUGCUGGAGCAAGCGCUGGAGCUGCUGCCCGGGUUCCAAGAUGUCCCGGAGCUGGUGGCGCGUUUCGACUGCCUGGUCGAGACACAGGCAGCGCUGAGGCUCAGGGAGCGCCAGCGGCUCGCCCAGCAGGAGGCGGUGCGGGCGCGGCUGCAGCGGCUGCGGGACACCUGGCCGGAGGAGCUGCUCGCACAGGGCCAGCGGCGGAAGCAGCUGCAGGAGCGCCUGGAGGCUGCCCGGGAGCGCACGCUGCAGUGGGAAUCCAAGUGGAUUCAGAUUCAGAACACAGCAGCGGAGAAGACUCUGCUCCUGGGGCGCAGCAGGAUGGCCGUGCUCAACCUGUUCCAGCUAGUGUGCCAGCAUCAGGGGCAGCCGCCUGCACUGGACACUGAGGACACAGAGGGGCAGUUAGAGCAGGUAAGGCCCCCUCUUUAUGGCACCUCCAGCCCUCAAGCUAUCCCUUUUUGGAAAAAUCAGGUACCUAAAACCCCACAGUUAGUGACACCUUUUCUGGGUUAAGCAUGGCCCUCUAAGAGGUCAGAGUCCUUGCCCCAGCCGUGGGCUGGAUGGCUGCACAGGCACCCAGCCUAGGAUGGAUUCCUGGGUGCAUCUUUGCUCUGACAGUGAUUGGCUGUGUGGCCAGAAGAAAGCCACGCCCUUCCCUGCGUCUCAGUGUGCUUCCUCUACCAGGGUUUGUACCGACUCCCUCUUUUCUCCCAGGAUCCAACAGCCCGCACAUGUAGCAACACCUGAAAAAACCAGGAGGUCCAGACUCACUCAUUAAUCUCUGGCCUUCUGGCUCCCUCCUCCCUGUGCAGAGAAGCCUCAGCUUCCCCAGGGAGGGUGAGGGUGGGUGAGGCUGAUUUGUGCAGUACAGAAUAUGACAUAGAGUUGUUUUUGAGACGGAGUCUAGCUCUGUCACCCAGGAUGGAGUGCAGUGACACAAUCUCCGCUCACUGCAACCUCUGCCUCCCAGGUUCAAGUGAUUCUCCUGCCUCAGCCUCUUGAGUAGUUGGGAUUACAGGCACACACCACCUUUGCAGUGAACUGACAUCACACUACUGGACUCCAGUCUGGGCAACAGAGUGAGACUCCAUCUCAAAAAAAAAAAAAAAAAGGAUAGGAUGAGGGGGCAGCCUGUCUCGGGCUGGCCAGAUUACUUUAUUAUUACAUUUAUUACCUGGCUAAUUUUGUAUUUUUAGUAGAGAUGGGGUUUCACCAUGUUGGCCAGGCUGGUCUUGAACUCCCGACCUCAAGUGAUCCUCCCACCUCAGCUUUUCCAAAGUGCUAGGAUUACAGGCAUGAGCCAUCGCACCUGGCGUGACAUAGGUUUACAAGAGAGAGAUUUCAGACUUCAAACACUUCUGUUAUGUUUCUAGUGAGUAUACCCAGCGCAUGGCCCAGGCGCUUUGAGAAGUGGAGGCAAAGUAAAGGGAGGCACCCUGCCUUUUCCCCCACAUCCCCACUCCUGUCCUGCCCAAUGGCCGGGAUUCCAGCCAAAUGCCAAGACCUGGGUCCUUGGGAAUCUUCUUCGCCCCUCCCAGCUGGUUGGAUACAUUGAUGCCACUGUUUUUCCCAGCCUGGCUGGUUAUCUGGCUACCUUCUGGCACAAGAGACUAGCAAAAACACAGGCUCCAUGUAAUCAGGCAAGUCAGUCCCUUUUCUUUCUUUUUUUUUUUUUUUUUGAGAUGGAGUCUCGCUCUGUCACCCAGGCUGGAGUGCAGUGGCACCAUUUCGGCUUACAGCAACCUCCACCUCCCAGGUUCAAGUGUUCUCCUGCCUCAGCCUCCUGAGUAGCUGGGACUUUACAGGUGCACGCCUCCACACACAUCUAAUUUUUUUGUAUUUUUAGUAGAGACAGAGUUUCACUGUGUUAGCCAGGAUGGACGCUAUCUCCUGACCUCGUGAUCUGCUCGCCUCGGCCUCCCAAAAUGCUGGGAUUACAGGUGUGAGCCACUGCGCCUGGCCAGUCCCUUUUCUUUUAGUACAACUGAAGUAACUGGACAUUAAGAAGGAACACAAUCAGUAACUGGUUGUAAUUAAUUAGUGGUAAACACCACUGCACUAGGACCAGAGCAUCUUUUCAAAAUCAACUCUGCCCCUGUCAAGGAGAAAGGCUCCCUGGAGGGACGCUGUGCUUUUUCCCACCUCCCUGACACUCCCCGGCCUCCAGGCUGGGACUCACACUGUUCUGCCGGAAUUCAGUAACAGCUUCAUUUGUCCAUUGCAUUUUCAUUAUUUUUCGAGUACCCCCUAGUUAUGACGAGGGGUAACUAUUUCUUUCCAUUUUUGGUGGAGAAACAGUUUCCUUCUGUUGAUAGGGUGAUGAAUAUGAGGGGGAGCCCACAGACAGCUGUACGUUCAACCUCAAGUUCUAGUUUUCACAGUGGAUCAGUGGCAUUUAUUAAGUGGAUAUCCAUAAAGAAUUAAAACAAAAUAAAGGAGGGCCACCCAUGGAGAUGAGAGUAAGUCACAGACCAAUGAAUAAGACUGAUGCAGUUAAAAUAAGAUGAAGCUGACGGAUGUAAAUAAAAACACUAAUUGGAUGGUGCAGGUGACAGCAGCUAGGAAGCUGAGGUGUCUGCUCAUGUGGCAAUUGGGAAGGCUGGCCUGAAGCUUUUAAAACUCAGGACGGUUUCGGAUCUGUCACUGCCUCUGGGAACCACCAUCAUUACUGUUCUUUCAGUGAGGGGGACUCCAGUCCCCACCCUGCCUUUCGGCCUCCCCACAUGUUGAGGGUUAGGGGCUGGACAUGUUUCAGCCUCCCCAUAUGUUGAGGGUUAGGGCUCUUGGGCUGGAAUGUGACUUCAUGUUGGGGUCCCCCAGGUGAAGCUGUUCAUGCAAGACCUCUCCGCCAUGCUGGCAGGCCUGUGUCAGACUGAGCCUGCAGCCCCUGCCUCCUAGCCCUGACCCAGGUGAGCAGUGGGAGAGGGGAGCCCCAAGAGACCCCAGGAUAGGAGGACCCCGCAUUUCCGAAGGAGUGGCUCUUCCUGAAUCAGUUUCCUCAUUGGGAAGAUGGGAGUGCUGUGGGCCUGCCAUGAGAGGCACAUAACAAGCACUCAAUAAAUGCAGGUCCACACAGCAAGCACUCAAUAAAUGCAGGCCCUGAUGAGGAGGUGAUGGGACGGUCAAGGGGCUAUGUGUGGGGCAAUUGCCUCUAAAAUGAGACCAGACCAGGCCCUCCCUCCCAGGGUGGUUGGGGCAUGAAAAAAUCUCUGUCAGGUAUCAGAACAGGGUCCAUGCUAGAUAAGAGCUCACCAAGGCCUCUCCAUUGUGGACUCUGCCAGCUGAGGGGCCCAGCCUGAGAAUCCAGCAGCUGGGGCCGCCCUUGACCUUCUCAGAACCUUGAAUGGGGUGGGAGGUGAGAGGGCAGGCCAGGUUCUGACCUCCAGGUGUGGAGGGCCUACGUUAACCUCUUCAUAGCCAGAGGAGAGCAG